CAUUCUGCGAUUUCUUGAAACUUUCCCCUCGAAAGUCAGGAUCUCUGAUCAGUUGAAGACCCAAGAAGAAGACGACUCCCCAAUUCGAAGCGUAUCGCUGAAUACCACCGAAUUGAAAUUCCUACACUUUGGUACCACCAAAUGGCGAAUGAGCAAAACGGCGUCGAAACGGCUUCUCUUGCUCUGAGGCCCGGAAUCUUCAUCGUCGGCUCCCCCAACGUCGGUAAACGCACCCUCCUCUCCCGAUUGCUCUCUGUGGAUUUUGAAGAUGCUUCUGAUUCAUCAUCUGAUGUACUUGCUUAUGGGUGGACUAUCAGUACUAAGUAUUACACUGCUGAUGUGUCUGUUUGGAUGUCUCAUCUUCAUGAUGGCUUCUCUAUUGGGUCCCUGCCAAUAUAUGACCGGUUGACUGCAUUGGUUAUGGUUUUUGACAUGAGUGAUCUAUCGUCUCUACCUGCACUGAAAGAUUGGGUUUCCCGUACCGAUAUUCAGAAGUUUGACAUAUUAUUAUGCAUUGGGAACAAAGCAGAUCUGCUUCCUGGACAUUCAGCUCAUGUAGAAUACAGAAGACGCAUGCAGAAACUUGGAGACUCCUCUUUUGAUUCAGAGUUCUCAGACUAUGGAAUUUCUGAAACUGAAGGGAUUAGCUUACUGGGAGACGAAGAACCACUGUCAGAGAUUACGAAGUCAUGUAUGGCAUGGUGCACUGAACACAAUAUAGAAUACAUUGAAGCAUGUGCAUCCAAUGCUGAUUUUGACAAAUGUUUGUCAGUUGAUGGAGAUUUACAAGGUGUUGAAAGACUCUAUGGGGCUCUUUCUGCUUAUAUGUGGCCUGGUAUGGUCUUGAAAUCCGGCGAUAAGAUAAAUGAACCAUCUCUACCUGAGAAGCAAGAGAUGUCAGAUGAAGAAUCUGACUAUGAAAUUGAGUAUGAAGCAUUAUCUGCUGGUUCAGCGGAACCAUGGGACGACGCAGAUGGAGGAUGGGUUUCUGCCGUUAGCUCUGUUGCAACCUCUUCAGUUACUCCUACUAUUGAAGCCAAAGAAUGUGAAGACAAGGAUAUUAUAUCAGUUAAAGGAGAGCAGGAGCCUUCUACAUCAAUGUCUCAUUCGGCGGAAGAAAAUGGAAGAGGGGCAUUGACCAAUGCAGAUGAGCCUGAGGAAGCCUCAGAACUCAACAUGGGGGCACACUAUGAGUUUGAAGAUUUGGAACAGAUAAUGUCUGAGAUUGGAAAUAUGCGUGAUAGCUUGAGGUUGGUGCCUGAUUUCCAGAGGAGGGAAAUGGCAGCAAAGCUGGCACUAAAGAUGGCUGCUAUGUUUGAGGAUAGCAGUGGUGGUGAAGAGGGCUUUUGAUUGAUAAGGUGACAUAUUGGUGGGUAACAAGAAGCUUGGACAGCUGAAAUCACACUUUCGCCCCAUGAGGUUAAGGAAAAACCGCUAGUAGUCUACAGUUAUAUAUCCAGACAAACGGGAAGCUUCUGUCAAGUACUGUGUGAGCUCUUUUCUUGUUUUGAUAUCCUUAGGUUGCAGAGAAUUGUCCAUGAGACAGAUUCAUCACCAUGAAGUUUUGUUGAUUAAUGCUUCCCAGGCAAGGAAAACCUACAUCUAUGGAAAUGAUCGCUAUUUUACAACGGAAUGAGAAGUUAUUUAACUGUAUUUUAGACAACCAAGCAAGUUUGAGAUUCAAAAGUUACUGCCGAUCAAAUGACCUGGCCACUUACUUUGUUGGCUUAAUGAUUUUGAUGAAGAGACUUUUGUAAUUUUAACCUGUUAAGGUACGUCUACGUCCUUGCUUUUGGUUAGUAAAUCAUAUGACAUGCCACCUAUUCGUUUGUCUA